AUGAGGUGGAUAAAAGAGUCAGAAGUGAUUUUCAAAAUCAGUAAGUGUGCGGAGGAAGAUAAGAUGACAUAUGCGACAUCCAUGCUAAAAUCAAAAGCCCUUUUCUGGUGGGAAAUAAUUACGAACUUAAGGGGAAAAGAGGCUGUGGCAAGAAUGACAUGGGGUGAGUUUAAGGUAUUAUUUAAUGAGAAGUUUUUUCCUCGAACUGCGAUAAAGCAACUGGAAGAGGAAUUUUUGAGGUUGGAACAAGGAAUCAUGGCAGUCCAGGAGUAUACAACAAGUUCUAUUGAAAAAGCAAGGUUUGCCGAGCACUAUGUUUCGACUGAGGAAAGACGGGUAGAGCGGUACAUUUGGGGACUAAAAGCCUCUAUUCGGGAAUUUGUUCUCACUAUGAGUCCAACCACAUUUCAGGAGGCAGUAAACGCUGUGGAAAUUCAAGAGAAAGAGAUAAAUUGUCAAGAUGCUGAGCAGGGCCAAAUAAAAAGAAAAUGA